GCUGUAUCGCGCACCACUCGCAAACCCAUCUAAAUCUCACCCGGCCCCUAGCCACCCACCCCCGAGGCCCCGACCACCGCAUGGCUCCGGCGAUGGGGCUCAAGCGGCCGGCGGCGGCGGCGGCGACGGCAGCGCAGACCAUCACCCUGCCCCCGCCGGACGCGCGGGUGGCCGUGCGGGAGGCGGUGCGCGUCGCCGUGCGGGAGGCCGAGCAGCCGCCCACCGCGAGGGUGUCCGCGGUACAGGCGCCCGCGGCCGCGGUCGACGGGGUCCUGUGCCUCGAGGAGGUGGACGGGAGGCGGUGGAGCUACGUGGUGGAGGGCGCCGCGUCCUCCGCGGGGAAGCCCGGGAGGGUCAGCGCGAGGGGGCGAGGCGGGUCCGCCGCGCCCGUGGGCGCCACCUUCAGGGCCGUGCCGCUCCAGUCUCCGCUGCCGCCCGUCGAGGAAAUUAUGUCCUUCAUAAGGUCAUAUGUUGUUCCUGAAGGUUUUCCAGAUAGUGUCACUCCUUCAUAUGUCCCAUACAUGACAUGGAGAGCACUGAAGCAUUUCUUUGGUGGUGCAAUGAGUGUAUUUACAACAAGGGCCUUGUUAAACUCUGUAGGAGUUUCUCAAAGCAGGGCUACGUCCGGUGCCGUGGCUAUUAACUGGAUAUUAAAGGAUGGUGCUGGGCGUGUUGGAAAAAUGCUUUUUGCACGUCAAGGGAAGAAAUUUGACUAUGACCUAAAGCAGCUCCGCUUUUCUGGCGAUCUCUUGAUGGAACUGGGAGCUGGGAUAGAGUUAGCUACUGCAGCUUUCCCCCACCUUUUCCUACCGCUGGCUUGCAUGGCUAAUGUUGUUAAGAAUGUUGCUGCUGUUACAUCAACCUCAACCCGCACACCGAUCUACAAGGCGUAUGCAAAAGGAGAAAAUAUUGGAGAUGUUACUGCUAAAGGAGAAAGUGUUGGGAACAUCGCUGAUCUGUUGGGAACUGGUAUGAGCAUUCUAAUUUCAAAGAGAAAUCCAUCAUUGGUGGCUUCAUUUGCCUUCUUGUCUUGUGGAUAUCUCCUUAGUUCAUAUCGUGAGGUGAGAUCUGUUGUGCUGAAUACACUAAAUACGGCAAGAUUCACUGUGGCAGUGGAUUCCUUUAUAAAGACGGGGCAUGUUCCUUCAUUGAAAGAAGGAAACUUAGAGGAGACAAUAUUUAAUCCGCCUUGGAGGCAUCAGCCAGUUGCAAUAGGAUCAAGAUUUGGAGAGGCAUUUCAGGAACCUGCCUCGUUUGUUUCUACAAGUCCGCUGUUUGAGGAUGAGAGGUACAUUGUUACAUAUAACCCUACAAAGGACAAGGUUUAUGCUUUGCUCAAGGACCAAGCUAAGCCAGAUGACAUUCUCAAAGCUGCUUUCCACGCACAUGUGUUGCUGCAUUUUAUUAAUGCAUCACAUGCUAAUCUUAAUGCACGGAAGCACAUGAACUCCAACCGAGGUUCAUACCAGUAUGUAAACCCAAACCCACUGAACAUGGACUUUUUACCACACAUUGAAGAAUCUUGCAAGAUUGUUACAUCAUCCUAUGGAAUAUUCAAGAGGAAAGCAAGAGAACAGGGAUGGAUAAUGUCAGAAUCACUCCUUAACCCAGGCCGAGCUCGGUUGUGUGGAGUAGUACCACAAUGAUCUACGCAUUUUCCUUUGCGAUGAUCAACGGGAUGAGAUAAUUCUUUCUCAUACAUUGGAGUCCAGACCUAUGUGAGUCAGCGGGUCCAUAAAUCAAUCUUAUUCAGCUCAUCUGCUUGGCAUGAACCAAACUGUGGUGAGACUACGAAGAACAACACUUGGCCUGCAGCUUGUAGCGUCCCAACUCUUACGAUUGUGGCUUGCUGACUUAUGGAAGGACUGAUUAGGAGACCUGUAACUAACAGAAAAAGCUGCCUGACAAGUUCUUGUAUAUGUAUUUGGUACUGUAUAAUGAUAUCCGACAAAUUGUAGUCGGUGUAGGUGUCCGUCGGCUGAGUUAUUGUAUGGAGUCUGACUGCAGUUUCCCCCCGCUGACAUUGCUUUACUGUGGGUUCUUUCAUCUUUGUUCCGUGACUCGGCUGCUGUAAAUGCCAGUUUUUCGUAAAGAGCUCUGUUUAGUUUUCACGUCAA